AUGGCCCUAGACUUGACUCUGAACCCUAAGGAGCAAGUGAAACCCUUCUACCCAAGUCCAGACUGGCUUCCAUACCAGCGCACCACGUCCCCACGGGCUCCCACCCGCUGUGCAGCCUUCGGAGGAUCCUUUCCACACUCCUGUUCGACACUUGGAAGAAAAAUCGCUGCUCUGUAUGACAGCUUUACUAGUAAAUCUUUAAAGGAACACAUUUUCCCCCCUCUGAUGGAGAUGCUGAUUUAUUUCAAUUUUUUCAAAGCCCCAUUUCUUGUGGAUUUAAAGAAACCAGAGUUAAAGAUUCCGCACACAGUGAACUUCUACAUCAGAGCAGAACCUGGGGUGAUUCUGGGAGUCUGGCACGUGGUCCCCAGCUGUCGGGGGGACGACGCCAGGGGGAAGGGCCGCUGCUGGUACGAAGCUGCCCUUGGAGAUGGGAACCCAGUUGUUGUUUAUCUUCACGGCAGUGCCGAGCACAGGGCAGCUCCUCACAGACUUAAGCUGGCAAAGGUGCUGAGCGACGGUGGCUUUCACGUCUUGUCAGUUGACUACCGAGGAUUUGGGGACUCUACAGGUAAGCCCACGGAGGAGGGACUCACUGUGGAUGCUGUUUGUGUCUAUGAGUGGGCCAAGGCGAGAAGUGGAGGUACCCCCGUGUGUCUGUGGGGCCACUCUCUGGGUACAGGAGUUGCAACAAAUGCUGCCAGAGUACUGGAAGAGAAAGGAUGCCCAGUAGAUGCUAUUGUCUUGGAAGCUCCGUUCACCAACAUGUGGACUGCAAGUAUCAAUUACCCCUUGUUAAAGAUUUUCCGGAAGCUUCCAGGAUUUCUCCGCACACUUAUGGAUGCCCUGAGAAAAGACAGAAUAGUCUUCCCUAAUGAUGAAAAUGUUAAAUUCCUGUCCUCCCCCCUUCUCAUCUUACAUGGAGAGGAUGACAAGACCGUGCCCUUGGAGUAUGGGACAAAGCUCUACGAGAUCGCCUACCAUGCAUACAGAAACAAAGAGAGGGUCAAGAUGGUCAUCUUUCCUCCCGGCUUCAGACACAACCUCCUUUGUGAAAACUCCACAUUCCUAAUAACCGUGAGAGAUUUCCUGAGCAAGCAGUGGGCAUGAGGUGUGAGAGCAGUGGAGAGCCUCAGAGGAGACUUGGUCCAGAUACCACCUGUGAUGUGCACUUUUAAUGUAAAAUGGUACUGGGCUGGCUGGGUGAGCUGAAGCCAUUGACAUUUGUAUGAGUCACUUGCCCGUUUAACAGGGGAAAGCCCGGAUGCCAGGUGGUAAGCAAUGUUCUUAUGUAGCUUAUCAUGCUCCACUUUGUGACGGAUGCUAAAACCUCACUGUGGAGGAUCAGAACUUGAUAAAAGUUUGGAUUCCAUCCAAAAAAGUGUAGUUAUCAAACCCACGUGGUUGCUAUGGGUCUAAAUGUCUUUGUCCAUCCCCCAAAUUCGUAUGUUGAAACCCUAGUCACCAAUGUGAUGGUGCUGGGAGGUGGUGCUGAGUUCUGAGGAUGGGAUUAGUGCCCUUGUGAAAUGAGCCCCAAAGAGCUUUUUAUCCCUUUACCAUUUGAAGACACAAUGAAAAUGUACCAUCUGCAAACCAGAAAGUGACCCUCACUGGCCAGUCUGCCAGUGCCUUCACCUUGGAUUUCCUGUCCUCCACAACUCUAUAUUUCUUUAUAGAUCAAAAUUCCAUAAUUUCUAUAUCAAAGAAUAUAUGCAGCUAUUUCUUUUGUAGCCUCAUGAUUUUGUAAAGAGGCAGGUUGUUUGUGAGGCACCCAGAUUGUGCCACUUUGGUUUAAUAUUCCUGAACGGACUAAGUUUGAUUGGCCUUUAGUUUCAACUUAGGUGGCAGUAUAAGAAAGUUGCUCCAAUGUAGUUAAAUAAUUUGUGUUUCAGUUCAGUUCAUUUCAAUGGCAUUAAAAAGUUCCAAUCAGCUUUCUCACCCUCUGAUUAGUUUGGAGCGAGUCCUAGCAGCAGCAGUCACGUUAAGUUUUGGCACUUGGGUAGGU